AUGGCGUCGUCAACGCAAGAUGUAAUGCAGUUUCUUGCAUCAGUCGGUUCACCACUCUCUGAUAAGAGUACAAAUGGACCAACAAAACAUUUACCUUCCAAAGACGUGUUGAAGCUGCUGGAUGCUCGUAUCGAUGCUUUAGCUCCGUCCUCAUCUAAAACGACAAGCAUACGAGACGAGCAAAACCUAGCUGACAGUGCACCCUAUGAAGUAAUUUCAACUGAACUAUAUCAUGCACUGGAAAAAUAUGCUCACGCCACAGCCGUAUAUACGCACACAUCGUCUGUGACGUCGAUCUUGACAGAUGUCUGUCGCGUUCUAAGCCACAUAAGAGAAUUACAAGACGCACUUUCUUCACGUAACGUGGAAAAUGUGCACAGACUACUUGUUUCUGUCCAAGAAGAGCUGAUGAGCAUAGGUAUACAUGUGAAUUGGUUUGAUGGAUGCAUUGAACAAGACUCGGCCAGUCCAGUUGCUGACUUUGCCGUCUUGGGCCAGAUACUUCUCGUAUGCGAGCGUAUAAGCAAAGAAAUUUUAACAAUGAUGAACAAUGAGACGGAAGAAAUCAUACAGGUUGUCUCGGACAGUUCAGGUAUGACAGUAAAUGUGCACCCACCUUCAAAGUUGACGUCUGUGCUUCGUCCCGUCAUGAAAGAAGAACAAAUACAAGAAGUAUCACGGAUUCUAUUAAAUCAAGUGUUUCAACCGAUGCUACAUACUCCAAGACGCUGGAAGAUUUUGCAUCGAGAGCGAUGCGUGGCCCUUGAGUGUUUGUCGGAACCUGUGACUCUGAUGCACAAUGCCACUGUACCUGAACUGGUGGCUGUGCUGACCCUGACCAAGAAUGCACUAGGCCCUCAAGAAACAGCAUCACUCGCAAGGCAUUUGAUCCCAUCUUUACUUGAACUAUUUAAACCACACCUACUACGCUGUAUACCCAGCAUGCAAACACCUCAAGAUAUGCUUCGUUUACAAGAAUCUCUGAAGAAAUGUGCUCUGGGAUUCCACAAUGCCUUGGUGGAAUUAGGUUAUGUUUCUGAUCAAAUGCCAAGGUCGAAGCACAUGAAUGGUUUGCCAGAGCCACUCUCUGAUCUACCAAUGUGGUCACGAUCAUUAGAUGGUGUUUGCAGGCAACAUUUACUAGGCUCGAUGGUGCAUCAAGUACGUUUUUUGAUCAUGGAAUCAGAUGAAAAAUGUUGGGAUACCGAACUACGUCCUCUUCAUGUGGCAGCCCCGGGCCCACUGCCGCUGUCCGAUGAGAAGCCCAAGCCGGUCCCACAGCCCAGGUAUACGUCUACUUCAAAACCAAGUCCUGUUUCACCACCUGCUCCUGCUCUUGGAAAACCCAAGAAACCGACAUUGGGAAGUGUGAAAAUUGGCGCCAAAUUACCCCCUGAACCCAAGUCAACAUCACCCAAGCCCAUGGACGACUGGGACUGGGGCGACGAUGAAACUGAGGCAGAUCCUACAGACGUAUCCAGCCAAGAAGAGGGACAAAAUAAAGAUGACUGGGACUGGAGUGAUGAGGAGGAGGAAGCACAAUCGGAGAAUAUGCGCACGUCUCCGCCCCCACCACCCCAUAUGCCUGCGCCAGCACAAGAUGUGUCCUUUGAUGAUGCAUGGGAUGACUGGGGUGAAGAGAUAAAAUCGGAGCCGAAAAUAACGUUACCUGCUUCUCAGCCACUUCAAGAAUCAAAAGUAACGACCACUAUGCUGGCCGUGUCCAAGCGCACUCUUCAGAUUUGUCAUGUGCUAGGCAUGCAGUGGUCACAGCUAGAUGAACAUGUUCCGCUGCGUUCAUUUCUUGCUCAGGCCUUUUAUCUAUCUGUCCAGAUUUUCCGAAGCCUGAUGCCUAUCGUGCAUGCCAAGGCACUGGAAAAUGUGCCACUUCUCGGCAUGCUUCACGUGAAUGACUGUACAUAUAUGUCUCAACAGCUGCGCAUGUUCGAGGCAGACUGUUCCAAAUGGGGCGCCUUUCGCAUUGCAACAGGGCAGACCUUAGAUGCAGUGCUACGCACUGAGGCAGAUUUGUUGGAUGAUGUUGGUGACCGCUGGCGGGAAAUGUUGCUAUCUAUCCAACUCAAUGCAUUACAUGAGUGUCUCGAUGGUGCUGACAGCUUUUCCAGAACGGAUUCUGAUCCACGCUAUGAAGCCUGUGUGCGGUGUGUGGAACAAAUUCAGCAUAUUUUAACGCACUUGUCCUCAGUAUGGCGACAUGUCAUGAGCCAAGAGGCACUGAAGAAAGCACUGUGUGACCUCGUGGACGCCGUUUUUGAUCGUGUUUUACAUGAAAUGGAAGAUUUACGGGACAUUUCUGAGCCGGAGAGCAUUCGCUUGGCCCAGGUAUGCCGCAUGUUGAUGGACACCGCUGGCGCUGUACUCGGCGGCGCCGAGGCUGAUGUGCCAACAUACUUCAAGUUUGCAUACUUACCCGACAUUCUUCAAGGCUCAUUGGCAGAUAUUGAGUACCUGCUCUUUGAUAAUGAGAGUGGCAGUGCUCUGGCGGACUAUUCGCGCGAAGAAAUAAGCAUGUUGGUAAGAGCGCUCUUCGCCGAUACUCCCCACCGGCGACGGCUGCUGGAUCAUAUCCAACAACGAUCAUAG